ACUCCGGGGCUCCCGACGCGGCCUCUCGUGCGAUCCAGCGCGUGCAGGGCUGGAGGGGCGACUCCGGGCUCUUGCUCUCCGCGCCAGAGGUCGGAAGAGGGUGGGUCGCCCGCGCCCGAGGGCGAGGGCGGGAGAGGAGCCGGAGGAAGGAGCGCUCGAUCGCCGCCGCCUCUCUGCCUCCCCGGCACUCGCUCUCCGGACUUUUAGGUUUGCUGGCUGCUCCUCCCACCCGCGCCCGCCUCCUCGCUCUCUCGCUCGCUCGCUGGAGCUGGUUUCCAAGCCCUGCGGUGCGUCCCGGCAAGUGCGGCGCGAGGGGCCCCGGACCAGCGCCGAGCAAGGGGCGGGGGUCCGGGCAGAGCUCAGCCGGCCGGGGAGUGGCCAUGUCUGGCGCGGGCGCAGCGGGGCCCGUCUGCAGCAAGUGACCGAGCGGCGCGGACCGCCGCCUACCCGCUCUGCCACCUGGGGCGGCGCGGGCCGGGGUGCCGCGAGCCCGGAUCGCGCGUAGAAUCGGCGCGAUGCACGUGCGCUCGCUGCGCGCUGCGGCGCCACACAGCUUAGUGGCGCUCUGGGCGCCUCUGUUCUUGCUGCGCUCCGCCCUGGCCGACUUCAGCCUGGACAACGAGGUGCACUCAAGCUUCAUCCACCGGCGCCUCCGCAGCCAGGAGCGACGGGAGAUGCAGCGUGAGAUCCUCUCCAUCUUGGGCUUGCCCCAUCGCCCGCGCCCCCACCUCCAGGGCAAGCACAACUCUGCGCCCAUGUUCAUGCUGGACCUGUACAAUGCCAUGGCGGUGGAGGAGGGCGGCGGGCCCGACGGCCAAGGCUUCUCCUACCCGUACAAGGCCGUCUUCAGUACCCAAGGCCCCCCUCUGGCCAGCCUGCAAGAUAGCCACUUCCUCACCGACGCCGACAUGGUCAUGAGCUUCGUCAACCUCGUGGAGCACGACAAGGAAUUCUUCCACCCACGCUACCACCAUCGGGAGUUCCGGUUUGAUCUUUCCAAGAUCCCAGAAGGGGAAGCGGUGACGGCAGCUGAAUUCCGGAUCUACAAGGACUACAUCCGGGAACGCUUCGACAACGAGACCUUCCGGAUCAGCGUCUACCAGGUGCUUCAGGAGCACUUGGGCAGGGAGUCUGACCUCUUCCUGCUCGACAGCCGCACCCUCUGGGCCUCUGAGGAGGGCUGGCUGGUGUUCGACAUCACAGCCACCAGCAACCAUUGGGUGGUCAACCCAAGACACAACCUGGGCCUGCAGCUCUCCGUGGAGACUCUGGAUGGGCAGAGCGUCAACCCCAAGCUGGCGGGCCUGAUCGGGCGACACGGGCCCCAGCACAAGCAGCCCUUCAUGGUGGCCUUCUUCAAGGCCACCGAAGUCCACCUCCGCAGCGUCCGGUCUACUGGGGGCAAGCAGCGCAGCCAGAACCGCUCCAAGACGCCCAAGAACCAGGAGGCUCUGAGGAUGGCCAGUGUGGCAGAGAACAGCAGCAGUGACCAGAGGCAGGCCUGCAAGAAGCACGAGCUGUACGUGAGCUUCCGCGACCUGGGCUGGCAGGACUGGAUCAUCGCCCCUGAAGGCUACGCAGCCUACUACUGUGAGGGGGAGUGCGCCUUCCCUCUGAACUCCUACAUGAACGCCACCAACCACGCCAUCGUGCAGACACUGGUCCACUUCAUCAACCCAGACACAGUGCCCAAGCCCUGCUGUGCCCCCACCCAGCUCAACGCCAUCUCCGUCCUCUACUUCGAUGACAGCUCCAACGUCAUCCUGAAGAAAUACAGAAACAUGGUGGUCCGGGCCUGUGGCUGCCACUAGCCCCUCCUGGAAGCUGAGCCUCUGGGGCCACGUUUUUCUGGAUCC